GGCCUGAAUUUUUAGACAACGCUCCGGCUCCGUCGUGCGCACGCAGUUUGAUCAAGAGAAAGCAGCAACAGCAAGUUCAAGAUGACCGGCCGUGGAAAGGGAGGAAAGGGAUUGGGAAAAGGAGGAGCGAAGCGACACAGGAAGGUUCUUCGUGAUAACAUCCAGGGUAUCACAAAGCCGGCCAUCCGUCGUCUGGCACGCCGAGGCGGUGUCAAACGUAUCUCCGGUCUGAUCUACGAGGAGACUCGUGGUGUGCUGAAGGUGUUCCUAGAGAACGUGAUCCGUGACGCCGUCACGUACACCGAGCACGCCAAGAGGAAGACCGUCACCGCCAUGGACGUCGUCUACGCGCUGAAACGUCAGGGACGUACCCUGUACGGUUUCGGCGGUUAAGUCGCUCGCACCGCACCGCGCACAUCGUGUUCCGCAGCCGAUACGGCUACGAGGAUACCGUGUAACCAACAAAAAGGCCCUUUUCAGGGCCGCAAA